UCUUCUGGGCACUGAGAACAGUGAGAGAUUAAGUUCCUAUUGUUUUAAGCCUCACACUUGGAGGUAGUUUGCUACAGCAACCCUGAGAAGUAGACUUAGUGAGCAAGUAUAGAAGCAGUCCUUUGAUUGCAAUAGUCCAGUCAAGAAGUCAAGCAUCAGAAUAGGAGUGAACAGUGAUGGAGACAAAACAGUACGAAACGGAUUCUCGAUGCAUCGUGAAGACUUCUAGAACACGAAGGAGUGACAUACCACAUUUCAAACACCAGACCAAGGGAGGUGGAGGGUGGACUGUUUUCUCCAGUCCAAGCUGGAGGAGACCAGUGACAUCCGGUCUAAGACCUUGGACCUCAGGAAGGGAAAUCAAACAGGUGCCCGGGAAAAUGGAUGCUAGAAGAAAGCAAUGGAAAGACAAUACGUUCACUCCUUUUGUAAAUGAGCAUGAUUUUCAGGAAGACGCUGCACCGCCUCAGUCUUUCUCUGAACAGCCAGCUGCAGACAAACCCAAGAGGAUGGGGAGAAUUUCUAACUUUUCCAUGAGGAACAAUCAAGAAGGAAAUAAAUUUAAGAGGAAAGAAUAUUCUUCCCAGAUAGUAGAAAGAGAACAAGAUCCAAAUUUAAGAGAGAGAAGGAAGAACGUAUCGAAGAAUGAAGCAAAUACCAAUGUUGCCUUCAGGGACUUGCUUGAUUCAGAUGAAGCAACGAAGGAAAGUUCUCACAGAAGGGAGAGCGCCUCUGCGUGGAGUAAGAAGGAAUUGCCGGCUGCCACGCAAGGCACCAGGAAGAAAUGGACCGAAGCGAUGCCUCCAAAACUCCGCCUGCACCUUCUGAAUGAAGAGCUGGGAGAACUUAGCCUGAAAUGCCGGGAGAUAGAACAGGACUUUGAAAACGCCGAAAAAGAACUUUUGAACUCUAGAAAAGAAGCCUCAAUGAAAGCUGUCAAUUUUCAAGAACCGAUAGCUGCUUCCAAGAAAGACCGGGAACUGCAAGCUUUGAAAAACGACCUGUCUGAAAAAGCGACAAACGUAAAAAACUUAACUGAAGAGCUCCAGCAAGCCAAAGAAGUCAUGUACAGGUUGAAUCUGGAGAACAGGAACUUGAAAGACGCUGUCAGGAAACUGAAGCAUCAAACAGAACUAAAUACCGCGCUCCUCAGAGAAGAAAUGAAAUUGUUUUACGAGCUGGAGAUGGAAAAGAUCCGCUUGGAGCUGGGUGCCAUCAAGAAUGAGCUGAGAGUCGAGAAGACCCUGAGGGCGAAGAACAGCAGAGCUCUACAGUUGCUUGGAAGACACGUUGCUUCAGUGGUAAGGUCAUCAAAUACUGCUGACCACUUUACUGGGAAUGUUUUUUAAACUUAAAAAACAAAAGCCUUUCACUGGGAAUGCUAUUGAGCCAAAUCAAUGUUUAUCGUACUAUAUCUCUAUAUAUUUGUGUACUGCUAAAAUGUAUUUGAAAGCGUGUAAUCUCUACUUCUGGUGAAUCAGAACAUCUACAAUUUAUGCAGAUGUUGAUAUCAAAGCAUUUGUUUCUCUUCCUGCAGUCAUUGUGAGACUCUGAAUGAAAGCUUCUAAAAUCUCUUUUAUAUGGACUAUACAUAUAUUUAAACAAAACAACAAUAAAAACACCCGAUCGGAUUCACUAGAUCAUAGAUGAAUCUGAGUCAGCAGCCCUGUGUGAUCUUGUUAGCCAUGUCCUUGGCACAUCAAUGUUCUCCUAUCUGUGGUAAUCAAUGUGAACAAUAAAAAUCUUGUUUACAUGUAUAAGCAUAAAA